UUACAAAAUUUGUCAAAGCAUUUAUCGUGAUAGGACAAUAAUUGUUAAAAUAAUUUAGGUCCAUUUUCUUAGUGCCUAAUCACAAUAUCACGUCCGAAAUUCUUACCAAUAAGGAUUUGUAGGAAAAAUGUUGAGUUAACUAUUUAAACUAAUUUAAUAUUAAUUAAAUUUGCAAUGUAUAUAGGUACCUAGUAUAUUUUCGAGGUUGUAUAUUCCUGCAUCAAUCAACUUAAUUGGGUGUAGUCAUAAAACGUACUUGAUUCCCGUUGGGAUCGGAUCUUUUAAAUUGGGGUCACAUCGAGGGCUAUGUUAUUGACCGUAUAUAAAACGUUAGGAAGUUUAAAAUGUAAUAUUGAGAUCAAAGUAUUCAAAAAUUGUGGUACCUACUUGGGAUCUAUAAGGAAUACCAAUAUAGGUGUACGUAUCAUACAUAAUAUAUUAUAAAUAAAUGAAAUAUUAAAUAAAUUAAAUAAGAGAUAUAGAUUUAUGUUAACUGAUUUAAGAUCUAUAAGAUUUUAUCUUAUCCUUAGAGAUAAUGUUGAGAUAAAAUAUUUUAUACGUUUUUAAGUGGCCAUUUCAAGACGAUCAUAGGUUUAUCUUUCCUAAACAGCUCCUAUCUCUCACUAAUUAAAUUCAAAUGAUGAGAUAUGAAGGCAAUAAGUAAAUAAUAAAAACCUAAUAACUAAAUUUCAAACUAUUUUAAAAACUUUCUAUUGAUGAAGACCUCUUUAAACUCUAGAAAUAGUAAAGCUAAAGCUCUAAGCAAAGUACCUAAUGAUGAAAAUUUAAUACAAGUAGAAUAAAUUUCCAAUACUAUAAAAUUUAUUGUUUAUUACCAUUACAACCUCCAUUACAAUUUUGUUCACCUCUAUACCAGUCAUAGUAAAUUCCUUAUUUUAUACUAAGUAUUUCGUCAAAACUAUCAGUUUCUUUAAAAUUGUAAUUUUAUUACUUUUUUUCUUACUAUCAAAGUCGGGCCUAAGACGAGUUCUCCACUUAUAUUUCAUAGUUUCAGUUCAGACUUAGCCAGACCCGUUCAAAAACGUGUAGAAAAGUGACCGAUCGAUAAACAUGUUGCAAUAAAUGUUAGAACAAACGUAGUUCAAUUAAUUUUAGAAAAAAAAAAAAAAAAAAAACUUUACAAUCAUAUUACACAAUAACACAACUAUUUCUUUAAGAUAGCGUUUAGCGUUUAAUUGCUUCCCCAUUUUCCUAGAUCGAGACCAAGUAAAUAGUGAUUUUCUUUCUCCAAGUUUCCUUUGACCGUGAAUAGUAGGUAAAGAUUGUUUAGAUGCUAACGAGGUGCAAGAGUUAUUGAUUUCCAGUAGACAAUUAGUAGUUAUACUAACAUAAAUAAAAAUAAUAAUUGUUUGCAAGUUCUAUUGUUCUGAUUGAUUGUUAACCAACAACAACAUCUACAAUUCAAUAGAUCAUUUUGAACGUAGAGAGCUCAGCCCGUAAAUGUUGAAAGAACCUAUAUCAUUGAAUAAGGCUUUUCUUUAAACCAGACUAUAAUUAUUAAGGUAUUACUUGGCUUUCUUUUACUUUUAUAUGUACUUGCGCUAAAAUCGAUUGUCCCUAAGACGAAAAUAAGUUAAGAAUUGAAAAAAAAAUUCAUACUGACGUAGUCCGCGUCAAGAUAGUCUAGGAUUUCAUUUACAUCAGCUGCGUGAACAGCUUGUUAUGAGUUUCUUAAUUUAAUUCACAUAUUUUGUUAUGCGGUUUUUUACUAUUUAAUACUCGGUCCUCUCUUAAGGUUUCAUCGUUAUAUUUAUUUUUGGAUGUCGUCAAAGUAAAUGUUUAUUUUGAACGAGCGUGAAGUGAUGAUAUCGCAGUUGGUCGGAGGGAGUUCUCGGAAACGGACAGACUUUUAGUACAAUCAACGAAUCAUUCGGACAAAAGUGGUGUUGGUGUGUGAGGAGAGUGGUCGGCCACGUGACGGGGGCGGAGCUGAUGUCCGCUGUCCGGGCGCGUCACGGCAGAGGGCGGUGCGGGCUCGGGCGCGGGGUGCGCGAGCGGCUCGCGUGCCUCGCCGCCGCCCGGCUUCGAUCGCGAGCUCUUCCAAGAGCUAAGCUACCUUCCCGACGCGGAACUGCGGGAGUGCCUGGGCGAAUAUCCCGACUUCCUUUACCACGUGGCUCGAGACAGGUUCGGCCGUCUCUACUUUCGCGUCAUACGGACCUUGCUCCUUGAUCGAGUUCUAUGCAGCAACAGGGUGAGCCAAAUGACAAAAACCUACAAUGACAUCGAAGCGGUAACAAGGCUCUUAGAAGAAAAAGAGAAGGAUCUAGAACUGACGGCUCGCAUCGGCAAGGAAUUGCUGACUGCAAACGGUCGGUUGGAGUCUCGAGUGACCGCGCUCGAGGGCGAGCUGCGAGGCGCGCGGGACCUCAUCACACAGCUCAAGCACGAGCUCAGCGCGAAGAGCGACUUGCUCCAGAUACUAACAAAUGAUACAGAAGAGGGCUCCCCCACUGAAGAGAAGGAGGCGGCGACGGCGGCGCUGCUCCGGCGGCGCACCGGCGCGCUGGAGCGCGAGAACCGCGCGCUGCGCGAGGAGGCGCAGCGCCUCGCCGCCGGCGCCGACUGCGCCGAGCUCGCCGAGCGGCAGCUGCUGCGCGAUAUUGCUGCUCAGCUAGCGAGCGCUAAUUCGGAGACAAAUGAGCUUGGAUCUGAGUUGGCGGAGGAAAGGCAACGGUCGUCGGAACUGCAGCAACAGCUCGAUUCGACAAACGCGAGGUUGACUAUCACCGAACGAAAUUUACAGCAGCUAACAACCGAACACGAACAUACGCUUAGAAUAUUGGAAAUAACCAGGGAAAACCAGAAUGCUCUCGCGUCAGAAUUGGCAGAUGCUAAGGAGAGGUACGCAGAAGUGGCCGCGCACCUCGCGGAGGCGCAAGAGGCGCUGCGUCAAGUGCGCAAGCGCGGCGAGCCCGUGCGCGGCCUCAUGCCGAGCGUGGCGGCGGCCGCCGGCCUGCUGCCCAACAGCUUGCACAGGGAGAUGCACUCGUCUGUGUACUCCGAGCUGAGCCUGGACUCGGGCAUUGGGGACCCGUUGGCCCAUUCAAGUAUGCAAAAGGUGUUCGAAACAGUGCAGUGUGCUUCCCGAUGGUCAGGCGCGUCCUUGUCCGGUUCUGAACCGGAGAGUGCGAGUGUGAUCAAACCCAAGCCAAAAACUAUCUCUACGGAUAGCUUCUUUGAAGACGUCUCUGAUGCGGAAUCCGAAGAAAUGUACCCUGGCGGUGCGGGCGUAGGCGUGCCGGGUGCGCCGGGCGCCGCGGAGCUGGCGGCCGCGCUGCGUCGCCUCACACCGCAAGAGAUAGAUUCCCGACGAGCCUCGUUAGCUGCCUCGCAUGUACUGAGGCACCGCAGGCAUACAGAGCGUGAUAUAAGCGAGGAGAGCGCGGUGUGGGGCGCGGGCGUGGCGGGCGGCGCGGCGCGGUUCCGGGCGCCGCACAAGCUGCAGAUCGUCAAGCCGAUGGAGGGCUCGCUCACACUGCACACUUGGGCGCAGCUCGCUAAGCCCACCAUGUCAGGCUUACUAGAAGAACAAGAAGGUGUAGGUGUGCGAGGCUCCCGAUCGGCACAAGCGCUUGGGCUACGAAUGUAUCGGCUAUCUGAUGUAGAAGAAGACGAUGACAUGUUGAGGCUGCCACACUCCAGUCACAUUUAUACAUUCACUAAUAGCACCGUGUUACAUCCAAACGAUGGCAGCCUCGUAGGUAGCAGCGUGAGCAGCGUGUGCAGCAGCGGCAUGAGCAGCCUGUCGAGCAGCGUGCUCGGCAGCGCGUGGAGCUCGCGGCUCACGUCGCGCCGCUCGUCCGCCGCCGUGUCGCCCGUGCACUCGCGCCGCGAGUCGCUCUGCGUGCCGCCCGCGCGCCCGCACUUCACGCCCACCGCCACGCCCGCCAACAGCCCGCUGCUGGGCUCGCCCGACUCCUCGCCGCCGCCCACGCCGCGCCCCGGCGACGCGCCGCCCUCCCUGCACGCGCUCAUCGCCAGCGGCACGUCCAUCCUCCGGCGGCGCUACCUCACCUCCCCCUCGGCCGACGGCUCCCCCGCCCCCCUCGCGCUUCAAACCCCCGGGUCGUUGUACACGGGCCUCGUCCACCGCAGUCCCAUGGAACAGCUGACGUGUCUCAAAAGAACGUUGCGUUCGCCGGCCGCGCAGACGGCGGAUCGGUCGGAUAUAGCGGACGCGCCGCUCGGCGUGCCCGCGCAUCCCGGUGAAGGCGCGCUGGAUAUUCCCGGCGUGUCCAACACCAACACGCUAGGGAGGCGAACGCGAGGCCCUCGAGCUCCCCGCCCGAGAACGGAUCUAGGGACGGUGGGCGCGACCCCCACGACCACCAUCAGUCAGCCGGUGAGCUCGUCCCCGCUCGGCACUCUCAGUACCUUCCUGUUCGGCCGGAAGGGCGGUCUACUGUGAGAGCGACGCGCGUUCCGUCGGUAUUCUGUUCACGUUAGCGCCAAAUCGCUCGGCCGCCGCUCAGUGGAAUUGAAAAAGAGAGCCGCGUCCCUCGAAGCGAUAGCGUUGUUGCCGCACACAGCGUUCAGCCUUGUAUUUUCGUUUCGUUCAUCUUGUGAUUUAGACGUAGACUUAGAUUGUAGUGAUAUUUUAUAUGAGGUACCUUAUUAUUAGAUGUAUCGUGUAGAUGUCGGAUUAUGUGUCGUCUUCGAGGAUGAUUUUUAUGUUUUGUAUAAUUGUGUACGUUUAUAUUUGUGAGGAUAUUGAUUUUAUAAUAUUUUGACGUUGUUUGUUCUAGUAGGUUCUUUUUUAUUUAUGUUUUUGCAUUUAUUUUGUUGACAUCAAAAUUUAAUUUAUAUUCCGAAUUUUCGGCUAUGAUCGCGCCAAUGAUAAUUAUUAGCUUAAAGAGGUCUUCGAUUGCAUUUCCUAACUCUCUCUUACAACAUUCCUAGCAAAAAGUGAAAUUAGGAUCAAAGUUUUUAUGUCAAGAGAGAAAGAUUGCGAGGACCAAGCGUGUAUUAUAGAAACACUGAACGAAAAUUUAUUAUGUUAUCGAUUAAUUAGUUUCACAUGAAUCGUAAAUGUCGACUUUGUUUACUUAUUUUUUAUUUAAAGGGUUGUAGUUAAUUACGGUAAUGCGAUUAUCAGUAAAUUAAACAAUUUUCGAGGGUAGCGAUUAUUGAACACUAAUUAUUAUUAUUCACACUUAACAUUGAUCUAGUGCUAAUAUAAUUGUAUGUAUGGUAUAUAAUUUCAUUAAUUUAGAAGAGUACAAAUUAUUAUGUUAAUAAAAAUCAAUACGAUAAUUUAGUAUUUUCAAUAAAUUUUAUAUUUGGUUUAUAAAUUGAAUGUAACAAUUUUUGUUUCUAUUUGUAUUGAAAUGAUUCGAUAUGUCCUUUAUUUGUUAUUACGGCGUGCUUAUUUUGUCAACUCAGGGUCUAAUAAAUGUAAGAUGGUGCAUGCCAUAGUUGUAAGUAGAAGUGAAUUUAUUCGAAGCGCAUCACGAAAAUAAACACGAUUAGGUUUCGUUCGUACACAAUCGUCUCUAGUUAUUUGUAAUUAAAACGCAAUUAGCUUAAUUAUUUAUUUACUUAUUGUUAAUUUUAUAAUGAGGAUUUGAAGUACUUAUAUCGUGUUCACGGACAUAAGAAAUAGUAUAAGUGAAUAUGCAUAUCCACAAAUAAUUUAUUAUUGUGAAUUUAGUAUAAAUUUUAUUAACAGAUCGUAUUAUCAAUAGUUUCAUAUAUAAAAACUGUAUUAUUGUUUGUGUUCAUUGCACUAUGUGACUACAUUUUUGUGCUAAUUUCGUACUUUUUACCUUCUUAUAUUUUGAAUAUUGUCGUGACAUAGACAAAGUUAACUUCUCUCCUCAUUGGUGCUAAGUAGGUACUAGCCAGUGAUAUCGCGUCAUGUGUUUUGAUUACGUCAUUCACGUGACGCUAAGGCCCAUUUUACAGUAUCCGAGUGGUUUCAUAUUAUAAGGUUCAAUUUCCGUAUUUUUAUAUUAUAAAUAAUCGUAUUUUCUAUUAUAAUAUUAUAGAAAAUCAAUAAAAGAUCAUGUUUCUGUUUUUAAUACAUUUUUGGAAUGUUA